AUGGCCUCAGAGCUCUCCUUCAAUGAGUCACCUCCUCCACCCAGCCUCUUCCACCCAGCCUCCUCCACCCUGCCUCCUCCACCCAGCCUCCUCCACCCAGCCUCCUCCACCCAGCCUCCUCCACCAGCCUCCUCCACCAGCCUCCUCCACCAGCCUCCUCCACCCAGCCUCCUCCACCCAGCCUCCUCCACCCUGCCUCCUCCACCCAGCCUCCUCCACCCAGCCUCUUCCACCCAGCCUCCUCCACCCUGCCUCCUCCACCCUGCCUCCUCCACCCUGCCUCCUCCACCCAGCCUCCUCCACCCAGCCUCUUCCACCCAGCCUCCUCCACCCAGCCUCCUCCACCCUGCCUCCUCCACCCUGCCUCCUCCACCCAGCCAGUCUCCUCCACCCAGCCUCCGCCCAGCCUCCACCACCCUGCCUCCUCCACCCAGCCUCCUCCACCCAGCCUCCUCCACCCUGCCUCCUCCACCCAGCCUCCUCCACCCAGCCUCCUCCACCCAGCCUCCUCCACCCUGCAUCCUCCACCCAGCCAGUCUCCUCCGCCCAGCCUCCGCCCAGCCUCCACCACCCUGCCUCCUCCACCCAGCCUCCUCCACCCAGCCUCCUCCACCCUGCCUCCUCCACCCAGCCUCCUCCACCCAGCCUCCUCCACCCUGCCUCCUCCACCCAGCCUCCUCCACCCAGCCUCCUCCACCCAGCCUCCUCCACCCUGCCUUCUCCACCCAGCCUCCUCCACCCUGCCUCCUCCACCCAGCCUCCUCCACCCAGCCUCCUCCACCCUGCCUCCUCCACCCAGCCUCCUCCACCCUGCCUCCUCCACCCUGCCUCCUCCACCCAGCCUCCUCCACCCUGCCUCCUCCACCCAGCCAGCUCUGCUCUGUUCCUCCACCCUGCCUCCUCCACCCAGCCUCCUCCACCCAGCCAGUCUCCUCCGCCCAGCCUCCACCCAGCCUCCACCCUGCCUCCUCCACCCAGCCAGUCUCCUCCGCCCAGCCUCCACCCAGCCUCCUCCACCCAGACUCCUCCACCCAGCCUCCUCCACCCAGUGUCAUCCGCGCCUCCUCCACCCAGCCUCCUCCACCCAGCCUCCUCCACCCAGCCUCCUCCACCCAGCAUUCUCCACCCUGCCUCCUCCACCCAGUCUCAUCCAUCCAGCCUCCUCCACCCAGUCUCAUCCACCCAGCCUCUUCCACCCAGUCUCUUCCACCCAGUCUCUUCCACCCAGCCUCUUCCACCCAGCCUCUUCCACCCAGUCUCAUCCAUCCAGCCUCCUCCAACCAGUCUCCUCCACCCAGCCUCUUCCACCCUGCCUCCUCCACCAAGGCUCUUCCACCCAGUCUCAUCCACCCAGCCUCUUCCACCCAGUCUCUUCCACCCAGUCUCUUCCACCCAGUCUCUUCCACCCUGCCUCCUCCACCCAGCCUCUUCCACCCAGUCUCUUCCACCCAGCCUCCUCCACCCUGCCUCCUCCACCCAGUCUCUUCCACCCAGCCUCUUCCACCCUGCCUCCUCCACCCAGCCUCUUCCACCCAGUCUCUUCCACCCAGCCUCUUCCACCCUGCCUCCUCCACCCAGCCUCUUCCACCCAGUCUCAUCCACCCAGCCUCUUCCACCCAGUCUCUUCCACCCAGCCUCCUCCACCCUGCCUCCUCCACCCAGUCUCUUCCACCCAGCCUCUUCCACCCUGCCUCCUCCACCCAGCCUCUUCCACCCAGCCUCUUCCACCCAGUCUCAUCCACCCAGUCUCUUCCACCCAGCCUCUUCCACCCAGCCUCUUCCACCCAGUCUCUUCCACCCUGCCUCCUCCACCCAGCCUCUUCCACCCAGUCUCAUCCACCCAGCCUCUUCCACCCAGUCUCUUCCACCCAGUCUCAUCCACCCAGCCUCCACCCAGCCUCCACCCAGUCUCUUCCACCCAGUCUCAUCCACCCAGCCUCCACCCAGCCUCCACCCAGUCUCUUCCACCCAGUCUCAUCCACCCAGCCUCCACCCAGCCUCCACCCAACCAGCCAGGUCUGCUGUGCUCUGUUCUCUCCACUGCGGAGUCGUUGGUUGUGGUACAUGAAGACCAAGGCUCGUAGGUUGUCGUUAGAGGUUGAUCGUCUACCGCUGGACAACACAAGCUUGUAG